AGGCAUAUCGGUAUGACCGUGUUGUCUUUGCAAUGUGAUCAUUGAAGGACAGCUGUUCAUCAAAUAUGACUCAGAGGUUCCUGGCUUUCUUGGAAUGGGUGAUUGUGGUAUUGCCAAGAUGGAUGUUGAAAUCGUGUUGGACCGUAGGGUGUGCCGGAAACACGAGUAGUUCUGUCUUGGCAGGGUUCAGCUGGGGGUGAUGGUCUUACAUCCAAGCUGAGAUGUCUUUGAGGCAGGCUGUAAUGCGAGCUGCUACAGUGGUAUCGUUUGGCUGAAACGAGAUGUAGAUCUGGGUGUCCUCAGCAAAACAGUGAUACGAGAAGCCAUGUGUCCGUAUUAUGGGUGGGAAAAACCAGCGGUCCAAGAACCGAUCCCUGAGGGACCCCAGGCAUCAAGUCGUGAGCAGUGGACAGCGAGCCCCACCAUGACACCCUGAAGGAUCUUUUGGAGAGGUAGGAUUUGAACCAGCGGAGAGGAGAGCCUGAGGGUCCUACACACAGAAAAAUAGGAGUACUGUUUUUGUAGCAAAAGGUACAUUUGCUACAAAAGUACCCUGUAAGGUACAGGGAAUAGUCCUUAAGGUUAUAUUUGUGGACCCUUGCUUAAUUCUAAAGGUACAAAUUAAUAUCUCACCGCAAAAGGUACGUGAUUGUACCUCAUAAGUUCAAAUAAUGCAGCACAUCAGUUAUCACAAAUGACCAGGAGGUGUCGGUCUUAAGUCUUUCCGGUCCUGACAAUCACCUUAAACGAAACAUGUUGGUUGUUGAUCGUCCGUUGUCAAAUUUAUUCACGGAAGAUUUAAUUCAAAAAAUAGUUGAAGCAGGAAUACAAGUUACUGAAGAAGAGUCAAGAAAAUUCAGGGGUAAGUAACCAUACCUUGAUUUUUGGUUUUCGGUCUCGUUCAUGUUAACGUUACUUUCAGCCAUUACCCAUUUUUAGCAUCAACUCCAAUGGUUGGAUCGUAACUUACACGAAGCAGCUAUUAUAAAGUAUUUAAAAUAUAAAUAAAAUAAAAAAGCAUUGUUCUUGUAUUUUAUGCUUUGCCGUUCAUUUCUAAGCCCCUGCUAAUUAGGCAGAGCAACCCGUUUUUUCCCCGCGCAGAAUGCUGAGGUAAAUCCGCUUAAAUCGGGUACUGCUUAUCUUUAUGUACGUUAUCUUAUUAAAUGAUUUUUAAAUGGGCUUGCUUUGUAACCUUAGUCGAUCCAGUAUUUUAUGUUGACUUACUCUUUGUAUUGCAAGUUCUAAGUUACAUUUAACAUAUUCUCUUUAUAGUGAAAUUGCUUCGAAAUGAACGUAUGCCGGUUCUUAUCUUAACCGGUUUAUGUGGUAGCUUUAAUUUAAAACUUUAGAUUCCAGGGGAUAGACACCUGCCCUGUAUUUAAUGGAUUAACAUUAGCUAAUAUGCAUUACACGCGUGCGUUUUCUUUUUUUUCAUGGCCGAAUAUAUGUCCCAUGUAGAUGAUGUUAGUUAAACUAAAAUCCGCCAUUUUUUAAAUUUCAACAGUUCUCGUCUUUUCCGACCAUGUGUGCGUGUGUGUUUACAAAGUUGUCUUAGAACUGCGUUGUAAUUGUGCAUGUGUUUCCUAGAAAAUGACAUAGAUGGAGAAACAGUGGAUUGUGGACUCACUGAAGCCAUGGUUGGAUACCUUUUUGAUGGUUCUUUCAAAAAGCAAAUAAAAUUUCAACAAUUUGUGCGCCAGUACAAGGAGGCCGAGACCAUUGUUAUAUUAGAGCCAGUACCAGUUGGAGUCGCCAACUCUACGGCAGAGCUCCAACCUACUCCUUCGAAUGACUCAAGUGGUGAACCAGCUCACAAGAGACUACCUGUUGUGAUUGUUAUUCCAACCUUCCCAAAAGAUGUGCAGACGAGGCUUGAUGCUAAAGAAUCAUGUCAGAAAGUGCCAAAAAUACGUCAUAAAAUAAUUCGUGUCCUUUAUGAAAUUAUGGCUGAAUACACUAUGUAUCCAACCAAUGCAGAGUAUAUCCAAGUUGCCAAGGCACUGAUCGUGAAAUACCCUUUUUUAAGAGAUAAGGAGGGGAAUGGCUAUCACACCUGGCACAUGUCUCUAAAGCGAAAAUAUAAAGCAGAACGAGCACCACUUGUCAGCGACAGUGAAGUCAGAAAGUUGAAAGAGAAGUUUGGUCACAAAAACCAGUCUAAAGCUACCAGUGCAUCUUCAAGGUUGUGUCGAAAGCCAGCUAGUGUAGCAAGUGAUAUUUGUGUUGGGGAGGAUUUAAUGUCUGUUGAGGCCCACGUGAAGGUGCUACAAAGUGAGUGUAGCAAGACCCAUCCAGAUGUAUCGUCUGUCAAAGACCUCAUGGCCCGAACAUUCUCAUGGAGACGUCGUGAAGUCACGGAAGGGAUGCCUGUGGACGAUGUACUAAAAAAAUACCCAUACUUAAGAAUGCCUUCUGGAUUGUUUAAUGAGGUUGACCAAAUUCAUCCUUCGACAAGCAGCUUCUGUGCUCGCUUUAGAGAUUGCUUCACCGCUGUUCUGCCAAACGUGCUGAAACUUGCCAAGGGACAAUCUCACCUAACAAAACAUUACACUGACGCAAGACAGGAUGCCCUGGCUGAAGAUCUACCAGGAAUUGACUUGAGAGCUGGACUUAUCUUUCUGCCAUCUAUCUUCAGAGAAAAGAUUGAACACUUGAUCACUGUAGGAGAGGGAGACCCUGCUACACCCUAUCCAACCAUACAGCUGAUGGACAAUGACUGGAUAAUGGCAAUCAGUGGAAGAGGUUUCAGUGUGGUGAAAGUCGAUGGAAUAGCCGUGUGUCAGUGUACCAGCAUUGAUGAAGCCUUUAUAACAGCCUUCAGUAUGUAUUUUGCCUUCAACAUUGCAUAUCCAGUGCACCUGAAAAACACACUGACCUUCCUUCAGAGGUGCAUUGUCAGUAUCGUGGAAGAGGGAGAAAAGCCCCUGCCAGUAACUUUACUCCGAAAGAUUAAUCUUCUGUAUUAGAUUAUAAUGCCUCAACUGUAUCAGUGCCCAAAGUGCACUCGAAGAACGUUCACUCUUACAAAGUUAAUCCAGCAUGUUGGAGUAGUUCAUGCACAUCAACCAAAUUUUUGUAUUACCUGUGGUGUAGAUGAUUGCCAAUCAACUUUUUUCCGAUUCCAUUAUUUUCGAAAACACAUGUACAGGAAGCACAGAUGCAACAAAAAUGACUCAACAAUGCCCUGUCUCAGUGAAGAGUCCACAGUACAGCAAAACAGUUUAGAUUUGGAUCAGCAAAAUUCUGAGACAGAUCCGAGUACUUCUGAUCCACAAGUCGUUGAGCCACAUUUUGAUAAAUUUUUUGAAGAUUUUAAAGAUAAUUUGUUUAGAUUCAUUCUUAAAUGCAGAGAGAAAAACCUUCUACACUUGUCGGUCCAACAAGACAUUACUGAUGAUGUCAAAUUUCUCUUUUGCUUUUUCAAAGAAAACUAUGAUUCAUUUAUUUCUUACCAUCUUGAAAAAAGUGGUUUUAAUAUCUCCCAGUGCCCUGAACUUCAGCAGGUUUUGCACUCAUCUGAUUUCUUUGAUAAAGCAUAUGAGGUUGUUCGUUCUCCACAUAUGAUUAAAGAACACUGUAAGACCAAGAUGGAUUAUAUAGAACCAGUACACUACACACUGAGAGGCUCUUCAGGGCAAAAAAUAGGAGCCUAUUCUUAUGUUCCUAUCUCUGAAGUUUUAAUAAAAUACUGUUCUCAUGAAGAUGUCUGGAGUCAAAUAGUAUUUGAAAAUAACAAGGUCAGAGAUAAACAGUUUCUAAUGGACUAUAAAGAUGGUCUUUAUUUUAAAGAACAUUUGUUUUUCAGAGAGCAUCCAGAUUCUUUAAGGCUUCAUUUAUAUGAAGAUGAAUUUGAAAUAUGUAACCCUUUAGGCUCAAAGAGAACUAAGUAUAAGUUGUGUGCAUUUUACUACACUGUUGGGAAUUUAAGUGGAAAAUAUCGAUCUCAACUAAAGCACAUUCAUUUGGCUAUGUUGGUUCGUUACUCACAUUUAAAACAAUUUGGUAUGGAUGUAAUUUUAAAACCAAUGAUUGAGGAUUUAAAACAACUCUCGACUGAGGGCUUCUCUCUAAAUGUGUGUGGAUCAGAACACAAAGUUUAUGCAGCUUUAGCAACCUUUUCUGCUGACAACCUGUCAGCUCAUUUGAUUGGUGGAUUCCGCAUGUGUUUUCACACAGGACGGAUUUGUCGUUACUGUAUGGCAUCCCAUUCAGAAAUUAAUCUGAAGUUCCAGGAAGAUAGUUUUGUUUUGAGAACAACAGAAGUUCAUGCAUACCAUCUUCAGUGUGUCCAGCUUAACAAGGAAAAUGUUUCUUUGUAUGGUGUAUGUGGCAUUAGUUCAUUUGAUGCACUAGGUUAUUUUGAUGUGACAAAGUCUUUGCCUCCAGACAUCAUGCAUGAUAUGUUAGAGGGAGUUUUUCCACUGACAAUGAAGCUUGUAAUUUGUGAAGCUCAUAGACAAAAGCAUAUUACUAUAAAUGAACUAAACGAAGAGAUUCAAAAAUUCAGUUUUGGUCAAAACGACAAGGCCAACAAGCCUGUGCUGUUAUCUGAACGACUUUUACAAGCUUCAGGGAUAGUAGGAACUGCUUCCCAAAAAUGGUGUCUUUUUAGAUUGUUGCCAUUUCUGAUGGGCCAUCGUAUUCCUUCUGGCAGCAAAUACUGGCAUGUGUUUUUAUUGUGCAGAGAGAUUGCAGAUGUUGUUAUGGCUGAUAAAUUGAAGAAAGAUGAACUACCAUAUCUAGAAUUUCUUGUACAUGCAUUUCUUUCUGAAAUGACAGAUAUAUUUGGUAAUGUUUUAACACCUAAAUGUCAUUACCUCAUACAUUAUCCAAGAUUAUUGUUGAUGUAUGGUCCACUUCGUUCUCACUGGUGCAUGAGAUUUGAAGGCAAGCACCAAUAUUUUAAAAAAUUGACACAUAAUUGCCGAAAUUUUGUAAACAUUACAUUCACACUGAGCAUUCGUCAUCAGUUUAAACAGUGCUGGGAAUUUUCACCGGAUAAUAUUUUGGGUGAUUUUUAUAGGGUGCCAGGCAAAAGCGUCUGCACACCAUUUUUUUCUCUUCCCACGGAUCUUCAGACUGCUUUUAGAGAAAAUUGCAACUUUAUAGGUGUAGAAUUUGAGGGCAAAGAAAUUCAGCGUGUCUCUCAAAUGACUGCAAAUAACAUCAAGUAUGCUGUUAAAGAUGUGUUUGUAAUAGAUCUUUUACAUGUUGAAAACAUUCCUGUUUUUGGGCAGAUCAAAUACAUUCUUAAAAUUAAUACUGCGUGGGUACUUUGCAGUAAAAUCUUGCUUCCGUUGUCCUUUGACUCACAUUUUCAUGCAUAUCGUGUAAAAGUAGACAGUGACUGGAUUUUGCUCAAACCUGGAAAUGAGUUAGACCACACGUCACUUGACACGUACUCAGUUGAUGAUAUUCUUUAUGUUGGAUUAAGGCAUUUAUUAUAGAAGGUUUUAAGAUUUGACAGUAGAUGUAUUGAAUGCUUAGUGUGAAUUAGUAAACAGAACUUUUCUUCCCCUUUACACACGCCAUUGAUGCAUUCUGUCCAGAUGUGUGUAACUGGAUGUGGUAAACUGCUUUAGAAUUUUGGAUUUGAAGCUGAUUAAUGAAGUGCUCCUUAUGCCUGAUGCUUUCAGUUUUGUAUUUUUAAUUCUAAAGGUUUUUAACACAUCUUGUUUGUUUAUUUGAUAUUGUUAAUUGUUGGUUGUUUUACCAAUUAAUGCGUUUCACUUAGGGGGUAAUUUGAUACAAAGAACUUUGUUCUUUAGUUUUAAAAUUCUUAAAAUAUGAACUGCCUUUGUGCUUAGUUUUGUAUAUUUUAAUUGUAUGACUGUUCUGUACAUUAUACUUUGUACAAAAAUUUGUGAAACAUGCAAUUAAA